UCUGCCCGGAGACCGAUGACGCUGCAGAAGGGAGGAUUCCCAUUGGUCCUCCUGCUCUUUGAGGACUCUCCCUCUUCCGAAGUCCGAGGGAAACUCCUCCCCCCCUCCAGACCCUCCGAUUCCUCCUCUGGGGCUGGGAGCGUCUUUCUCCCCCCUUUGGGGCGCUUGUGGGGAGCCUCCAUGGCUUUGGCUGGGCUCCCCCUGAUGCUGCUGCUGGGGGCGCUGGCCCGGAUCCCCGGGAGCGAAGGGGGGGAGGAGACCCCCGCCCAUUUCCUGCACCAGAGGAAGGCCGAGUGCCUCUUCCUCAACGGGACGCAGCGGGUGAGAUACCUGUUCAGGCGCUUCUACGACCGGCAGGAGAUCGACCGCUUCGACAGCGACCUCGGGAAGUUCGUGGCCGUCACGCCGCUGGGGCAGCCCGCUGUGGACAGGUGGAACAGAGAUGAGCAGCUCCUGCAGCUCAUGAAGGCCGAAGUGGAUCGCCUCUGCCGGCACAACUACCGGGUGAACAGCUACCAGGCGCCCAAGAGGGAGGAGCGGGCGAUUGGCCGGAGAACCAAGCCCACCGUCACCAUCUCCCCCACCAAGAUGGAGCCCUCUUCCCCCAACACCAUCCUCCUCUGCACCGCGACCGGCUUUUACCCCGUGGAGAUCGAGAUCCAGUGGCUGAAGAACGGGCGGCUGGAGGAGGAGGGCGUGGCCUUUGGGGAGGAGCUCCAGAACGGAGACUGGACCUACCAGCUCCAGGUGAUGCUGGAGACCCAGCCCCAACGGGGGGAUGUCUACACUUGCAAGGUGGAGCAUGCCAGCCUGGAGGCCCCCAUCACCGUCCAGUGGGAGCCCCGUUCCUCCAGCUCUGCCAGGAGCAAACUCUGGACGGGGAUCAUGGGGGCCGUGAUAGGAGUGGCCUUCCUGGCUGUGGGGCUCUUCUCCUACCUGAAGAGCAAGAAAGCAACUCCCAUCCAACCUCCUGCAGCAACUCCCAUCCGACCUCCUGCAGCCAAUUUCCUGUACCAGUGGAAGCACGAGUGCCGCUUCCUCAACGGGACACAGCGGGUGCGGUUCCUGCUCAGGUAUUUCUACGACCGGCAGGAGAUCGCCUUCUUCGACAGCGACCGCGGGAAGUUUGUGGCCGUCACUCCAUUGGGGCAGGCCGAUGUGGACAAGUGGAACAGGGAUGAGCACUUCAUGCAGAUCGUGAAGGCCCAAGUGGAUUCCGUCUGCCGGAUCAACUACCGGGCGUUGAACUUCGAGGCGGCCAAGGUGGAGGAGCGCCUGAUUGGCCGGAGAGCCAAGCCCACCGUCUCCAUCUCCCCCACCAAGAUGGAGCCCUCUUCCCCCAACACCAUCCUCCUCUGCACUGCGACCGGCUUUUACCCCGUUGAGAUCGAGGUCCAGUGGCUGAAGAACGGGCAGCCGGAGGAGGAGGGCGUGGCCUUCGGGGAGGAGCUCCAGAACGGAGACUGGACCUACCAGCUCCAGGUGAUGCUGGAGACCCAGCCCCAACGGGGGGAUGUCUACGCUUGCAAGGUGGGGCAUGCCAGUCUGGAGGCCCCCAUCACCAUCCAGUGGGAGCCCCGUUCCUCCAGCUCUUCCAGGAGCAAACUCUGGACGGGGAUCAUGGGGGCCGUGAUAGGAGUGGCCUUCCUGGCUGUGGGGCUCUUCUCCUACCUGAAGAGCAAGAAAGCAACUCCCAUCCAACCACCUGCAGCACUCAUGAAUUAAUCCUGCUCUCCAAUGCAAAAGGAUAUUUUUUUCUUUAGUCGCUGAUGACUCUUUGUCCUGUUUGCAACCUUUGAAAAAUGGAGGCUGAAGGUGGCAGGUUUGGGCAAGGAUGAGAAUGUCAGCCUGGACCUUCUCCUGCUGAGACACAUAUAGACCCCAGCUUCCUUUCAGGGCCGCUCUUCCUUGUGAGGGAGGGGUGGAGACCAUCUAAACCAGCGGUUCUCAACCUGGGGGUCACAACCCUUUUGGGGGUCGAACGGCCAUUUCACAGGGGUCGCCAAAGCCUUCUCUCGCCCCCCCCCAGGUCUUCACUCACCCUCACCCUCUGCCUCUGUUGGAUCGCCAGUCGCCGGUCGCUUACCCCGCCCACUCCCAAUCUAUUGCUGCCUCCUGAGUCCCAGCUGAUGGCUAGAGUGAAACAAACCAUUUAAAUUCUUGCCGCGGGGCUUCAAAGGGCCGCCCUACAGCUGAUCAGUGUUAAAAGAAAGCAAAUGAGAAGACCGUUGCCUGCAAAAAUAGAAAAAAACAGCCCCUUUCAGCUUAAGCAUAGGUUAAUUACCAUAAAUUGAUUUGAUCAGCGUCCCGACUCUCAGCUGAUUUGCUCUCAGCUGUUUUGCAGCGGGCUCUGUUGCUAGCUGGCUGCAAAGAGGUAAAUUCCUGGAGCAGAUUUUUUUCCCCCUAGCUAUGCUGAAAAAGUGAAACUGAAAGUAAAGCAGGGUCUUUGCUGCAAUGUAACAAAAUGAGGCAGAGAGAGAUUUCUUUUUCUUUUUUUUCCUCACCAAAAAAGGUAGGUGCAAAACUGCAAACAAUGGGAAAUUUAGGGCAAAAGAGGAGGUUCAAGAUUUUAAAACACAAAAGAAAAAAAGCUCUAUUUAACUAGGGAAUUAUAAUAAUUGAGAUACUAUUAAUUGUAUAUUGUGUUGAAGGCAGAAAUGGUUAAGUUGUGGUUUGGAGGAAUAUAUGGGGGAAAUUAUUUGGUUUAUUAUUAUUGGUAAAUAUAAUUAAUUGAUUUGUAAGAAAUUGGAUUGCAUGGAAAUAAUUGGAAUAUUCAUGUUCAUAUUGCACACUCCGGCCCCCAAUGUGCGACUCGUGUCCGGGGUUGCACAGAGCCUCAGGCCCUGGGUCCGCGGCUGAUGUUAUGUAAUGCCAGGGCGGUUGUUAAUAAAGCCCCCUCAUUUGUGAUCUUAUUUUGGAGGGGGGUGCGGACCUGGCAGGUAUUACAGAAACCUGGUUGGGCCAAGGGGGGGGGGUCCCCCUCAUCAAGAUGUGUCCACCAGGUUUCCUUGCAAUUCAUCAGCCAAGGGCCCAGGGGAGGGGUGGAGGAGUGGCAGCGAUUAUUAGGGAAAGUCUUUGUCCGAGGGAGACCACUGUUCCUCAGAUAGCUGGAUGCAAGUCCCUCUUUGUGAAGUGGGGCCGUGGGGUGCAGAUGGGUUUGCUGACUACGUACCUGGCUCCCUGCCACGUGGCAGCGACCCUGCCCGAGCUACUCAACGUCAUUGCCAGGGUGGCGGUUGAUAUCCCCAGACUUAUAGUCAUGGGGGAUUUCAACCUUCCAUCUGCAGGUGAGGCGUCUGAGGCGGCUCGGGAGUUCAUGGCUUCCAUGACGGCUAUGGACCUGGCCCAGUUAUUUCAAGGCCCCACUCACAUAGGGGGACACACUCUGGACUUGAUUUUUGUCUCUGGUCAGUGGUUGAAUGAUCUUGGUAGAGGGGACCUAGAUAUCAAACCCUUGUCAUGGACAGAUCGUUUGCUCCUCCACCUGGACUUUCCUACCGCUUUCCCCCGCCGCAGGGAGAUGGAACCGACCAGAUGGUUCCAUCCCAGGCACCUGAUGGACCCCGAAAGGUUCCUGACGGAGCUUGGGCUGUUUCCUGAGACUCUGGCACAUGACUCGACUGAAGAGCUGGUGGCCACCUGGGAGGGUGCGGCCGCCGGAGCUUUGGACCGCGUCAUGCCGUUGCGGCCUCUGACCCGAUGCUGAUCUCAAUUGGCUCCUUGGUUCUCUGAGGAGCUGAGAGAGAUGAAGCGUCGGAAAAGACGCCUAGAGAGCAUUUGGAGGACUAGUCAAUCUGAUUCUGAUUGGGCACAGGUGAGGUCUUAUAUCAAGAGCCUUGGUACUACAGUGGUUUAAAGCACCCUGUUAUUAACACAGCUGCCUGCAAUUUACUGCUGGUUCGAAUCUCUCCAAGGCUCAAGGUUGACUCAGCCUUCCAUCCUUUCUAAGGUAGGUGAAAUGAGGACCCAGUUUGUGGGGGCAAUAAGCUGACUUUGUAUAAAUAUACAAAAGUAUGAAGGCUAUUGCUUAAAGCACUGUAAGCCUCCCUGAGUCUCCGGAGAAGGGCGGCAUAUAAAUCAAA